AUGGAAACUCGUCGAUGGCAACAUCCAGCAGUCGGCUGCUCUGCUCCUCUCCAUCCUCCCCCGCUGCUCCUCCUCCUGCUGGAACCUCCGAGCUGCUCCCUGACUCCGCGGCUCCGGGACCGAGGGACCAGACGCUGCAAGAUGGCGCUCGCUCGGCUGGUGGCUUGUGUCGCUCUCUACGCGAGUCUGGGCCAAAUUCCAUCAUCAGCCGGGGUUACCCUUCGAACCACGGACAAGAUUGUGUGGGCAAAUGAGUUUGAGCCCAUCGAACUGACCUGUUUAAUAGAGUCCAUCUCAACAAACAACCCAAGGAUUGAAUGGAAAAAGAUUAAAAACGGUGUCCCCAGUUAUGUGUACUUCCAAAACAAGAUAUCAGGGGACUUGGAGCAGAGAGCUCAGCUCAGAGAACCAGCCAACAUCCUGAUCUUCAACUCCACUCGCUCUGACACGGCAGAGUACCGCUGCGAGGUAGCCGCCAUCGACGAUCAAAGGGACUUUGAUGAGAUACUUAUCAGUCUCGCAGUGAGAGUGAAACCAGUUGUUCCUCGGUGCAGCGUGCCAGAGGCGGUCACCGUGGGGACAUCAACGGAGCUGCGAUGUCUGGAGAACGAGGGCUUCCCUGCUCCUCUCUACCGCUGGUUCCACAACAAUGAGGAGCUUCCUCAGGAACCCAAAAACACCCCCAAGCUGCUCAACUCCUCAUACAGCAUCAACCCCGACACCGGAGGCCUGAAAUUCCGAAGGCUGAGGAAGGAGGACGCAGGAGAGUACUACUGCCAGGCGAAGAACGAUGCAGGACAUGCACAGUGUCCCGUGCAAAUAAUGGAAGUCUAUGAUAUCGACAUCCUUGGGAUUUUCCUCAAGUGCUUCGGAGCAGUGAUUAUAUUCUUCUGUGUGGCUGCUUCCAUGUGUCAUUACCUUAGACGUGGAUGCUUCCACAAAAAAGGUCACAAUGAAAACAACUACAACUGGCCAGCACAGACUGAUGGUGUUGACUACGGUGAUGCAGAUGAGGGCCAUUUCCGCCACAAGAGUUCAUUCAUCAUCUGACGGGGUUUCGGUUCAGGGUAAGAGCUGCAGGAAAAGGAUCAAACACACAAGCAAAAACUGUUGAGGUUAAUUUGCAACAAUGAUGCUCCAGAUGCUGAAGCUAGAGGUGGAACAUGGCACAUAUUCUCUGAGGCACAUGAAAAUCAGCCAACUUGCCAAAGUAAUUUUUGAUAUAAUUUUUGUGGCACUGUUUUACAGUAUUUAUAAAAGUAACAGCAUUCUUUUUAUUUUGUUAGUAUUCAUUUCCAUUUGAAACAUUGGGGGCGUAUUUUUAGUUUGAGUCAUUAUCCAGAUUUUUUUUAAUUAUUAAACCAUUUGAAUGCAGUGAUAUUUGUUCCACGGUGUCAUUGCUAAAGAUGCUGUAAGCCACGUUCCUCUCUCCUUGUUUUUUGGACAAAUCCUCUUUUAUAAAUCUUAAACUUUUUACUGUGUACACUGCAAUUGUUCUACAAAUCUCCUUUACAUUUUCUUCGUUCAUAAGAUCAACACAUUCUCUUCUCGGGUUUGUUUCACGUGGGGAAGAGGAGAAACAAGUUUUUGUAUAUACUGUCGUUAUACAGACAAGUAGCAGACUGCAAAAAGGCUGAAUAGCUCAGACUGAUAUGGCACAAUUCAUUAGCCUUUAUUCUAUUUACAGACAUAACAAGUAAGUGCAAGUACAGAUAUAACCUUGAAUUUGAGAUCCAUGUAUCCCACUAUGCUGCAAAGUCAUUAUAAAAUAUAAAAGGUGGUGAAGUAUGAUUUUUAGAGUGCUGUUUUCUGUGAAUAAGUGAC